GCCUUGGUGCCUCCUGGCACCUGGAAGAUGCCUGUGCCUUGGUUCCUGUUGUCCUUGGCACUGGGCCGAAGCCCCAUGGUCCUCUCUUUAGAGAAGCUUAUGGGGCCUCAGGACACUGCCCGCUGCUCUCCGGGCCUUUCCUGCCACCUCUGGGAUGGUGACGUGCUCUGCCUGCCUGGGAGCAUCGUGUCUGCCCCAGGUCCUGUGCUGGUGCCCACACGCCUGCAGACAGAACUGGUGUUGAGGUGCUACCAGGAGACUGACUGUGACCUCUGUGUGCGUGUGGCCAUCCACUUGGCUGUGCAUGGCCACUGGGAAGAGCCUAAAGAUGAGGACAAGUUUGGAAGAGCAGCUGAUCCAGAACUGGAGGAGCCUGGGAAUGCCUUUCUCCAGGCCCAAGUGGUGCUCUCCUUCCAGGCAUACCCCACUGCACGGUGCGUCCUGCUGGAGGUGCAAGUGCCUGCUGCCCUCGCGCAGCCUGGUCAGUCUGUGGGCUCUGUAGUAUUUGACUGCUUUGAGGCUGCUCUGGGGGCUGAGGUGCGAAUCUGGUCCUACACUCAGCCCAGGUACCAGAAAGAACUCAACUUCACACAGCAGUUGCCUGACUGCAAGGGGCUCGAAGUCCGGGACAGCAUCCAGAGCUGCUGGGCCCUGCCCUGGCUCAAUGUGUCUGCUGAUGGUGACGAUGUAUACCUGGUGCUGGAUGUCUCUGAGGAGCAGCACUUUGGCCUCUCCCUGUACUGGAACCAAAUCCAGGGCCCUACAAAACCCUGGUGGCACAGAAACCUGACUGGGCCACAGACCAUUACCUUGAACCACACAGACCUGUUUCCUUGCCUUUGUAUUCAGGUGUGGCCUUUAGAACCCGACUCUGUCAGGACAAGUGUCUGUCCCUUUAGGGAGGACCCUCGGGCACACCGGAACCUCUGGCGUGCAGCCCGGCUGCAGCUACUGCCCCCACGGGGCUGGCGGUUAGAUGCACCCUGCUCACUGCUUGCUGAGGCCACUCUAUGUUGGCAGGCACCAGGCGGGGGCCCCUGCCAGUCGCUGGUCCCGCCUCUGUAUCAAGCAAAUGUCACUGUAAAUAAGACACUUGAGUUGCCAUUGCUGAAUGCCCACCCCAACCUCUGUGUCCAGGUGAGCAGCAGGGAGAAGCUGCAGCUACAGGAGUGCUUGUGGGCUGACUCCCUCAGGGCCCUCAAGGAUGAUCUGCUGCUGGUAGAGACACGAGGCCUCCAGGACAACAGAUCACUCUGUGCCUUAGAACCCAGUGGCUGCACCCCACUACUCAGCAAGGCCUCCACGAGGGCAGCUCGCCUUGGAGAGCAAUUACUACAAGACCUGCAGUCAGGCCAGUGUCUGCAGCUGUGGGAAGAUGAGCUGAGAGCACUAUGGGCCUGCCCCAUGGACAAGUACGUUCACCAGCGCUGGGCCCUGGUGUGGCUGGCCUGCCUACUCUUGGCCUCUGUGCUUUUCCUUCUCUUCCUUUUCAGGAAGGACCACGUGAAAGGGUGGCUGAGGCUCUUGAAGGAGGACCUCCGCGCGGGGGCUGCCGCCACGGCCCGCGCGGCUCUGCUCCUCUACUCGGCCGAGGACUCGGGCUUUGAACGCCUGGUGGGCGCCCUGGCGUCAGCGCUGUGCCAGCUGCCGCUGCAGGUGACCGUGGACCUUUGGAGCCGUCGUGAGCUGAGCGCGCAGGGGCCCCUGGCCUGGUUCCACGCGCAGCGGCGCCAGACCCUGCAGGAGGGCGGUGUGGUGGUCCUGCUCUUCUCGCCCGGGGCCGUGGCGCUGUGCCACGAGUGGCUGCAGGGCGCGGCGUCGGCGUCCGCCCCGCACGGCCCGCACGACGCCUUCGCCGCCUCGCUCAGCUGCGUGCUGCCCGACUUCCUGCAGGGCCGGGCGCCCGGCCGCUACGUGGGGGCCUACUUCGACGGAUUGCUCCAUUCGGGUGCCGUGCCCGCCCUGUUCCGCAGCGUACCGGUCUUCUCCCUGCCCUCCCAGCUGCCCGACUUCCUGGGGACCCUGCAGGGGCCUGGCGCCCCCAGUCCCGGGCGGCUCGGGGAGAGGGCCAAGCAAGUGUCCCGGGCCCUGCAGCCCACCCUGGACCAGCUGCUUCAGGCUCUCGGAGAUCCCGGGGGCCCCGGGGGGGGCACGCGGGAUGGCACGUGAGGCGGGGGAAACGACUCGAAUAAAGGCAGACGCUAUUUUUCUA